CAGUUCCCUUGUUAGAUUAUCUCUCUCCUCUUCUUUCUUACACAUAGUUCCAUUUUCCAUGUUCCAAAAAGCCAGUAGACACUUAAUUUCUCUUCUUCUACUUUCUAGUGUCUUCUACUGUUUACUUCUUUGUGUUUGAAGUGAAAAUUCAAGAAAAAAAAGUAAACUAAAAACCCCACAAUUAAGUUAGUUAGUUUGAGAAGUGGAAAUGGAAGGAGGAGUUGGUCAUGGUACAGAUGCAACAGCUUUCAAAAAAUGUUUAGCUCUUUCUUACAAAAAUCCUUAUGUUCUUCGCCUUGCUUUCUCUGCUGGAAUUGGUGGCCUUCUCUUUGGCUAUGAUACAGGAGUAAUAUCAGGAGCUCUGCUUUAUAUUAGGGAUGACUUCAAGGAUGUUGAUAGGAAUACUGUCUUACAGGAAUCUAUAGUGAGCAUGGCAGUAGCUGGAGCAAUAAUAGGAGCAGCAAUUGGUGGAUGGUUAAAUGACAAAUUUGGAAGGAAAACUGCUAUACUCAUAGCUGAUUUCCUAUUCUUUGUUGGAGCUGUGAUUAUGGCAUCAGCAGUGAAUUCAGCACUUCUUAUUGUUGGUAGAGUUUUUGUUGGACUUGGUGUUGGAAUGGCAUCAAUGACUGCUCCCUUGUAUAUAUCAGAGGCUUCUCCUGCUAAAAUUAGAGGUGCCCUUGUUAGUACUAAUGGAUUUCUCAUUACUGGUGGCCAAUUCUUGUCUUACCUUAUUAACCUUGCUUUUACCAAGGCACCAGGGACCUGGAGAUGGAUGCUUGGAGUAGCAGGAUUGCCAGCCCUCCUCCAAUUCAUACUAAUGCUUCUCCUUCCUGAAUCGCCUCGUUGGCUUUAUCGCAAGGGGAGGCAAGAGGAAGCCAAAGCAAUACUAAGGAAGAUAUAUUCACCUGACCAAGUUGAAGUUGAAAUUCAAGCUCUUAAAGAAUCAGUAGACAAAGAAAAUGAAGAAAACAAAGCAUCUGAGGGUAUCAAUCUCUUCAAGUUAUGCCAGACGAAGACAAUUCGUCGGGGACUAAUAGCUGGAGUUGGUCUCCAGAUAUUCCAGCAAUUUGUUGGCAUAAACACUGUCAUGUAUUACAGUCCUACUAUCAUUCAACUAGCUGGAAUUGCCUCGAACCGGACAGCUCUCCUUCUAUCGCUUGUCACAGCCGGGCUAAACGCUUUUGGCUCGAUUAUUAGUAUAUAUUUCAUAGACAGGACAGGGAGGAAGAAACUUCUUGUGAUUAGCUUGUUUGGUGUUAUGAUUUCUCUAGGUUUUUUGUCAGCAGUUUUCUAUGAGGCAGCUUCAACUUCACCAGCAGUUAGUAUGGCUGAGACAUCUCAUUUUGCAGCAACAUUUACUUGUCCUGCUUACCAUAAUGCUGGUUCUGCUAAUUCUUGGGAUUGUACUAGGUGUCUUAAAGCUUCUCCUGAUUGUGGCUUCUGUGCUUCACCUCAAAAUAAGUUGCUACCUGGGGCAUGUCUCAUAUCUAAUGAUACUAUUAAGGAUGCAUGUCAUGAUCAAGAUAGGUUAUGGUACACAAGAGGAUGCCCUAGUAGAUAUGGAUGGCUAGCCCUACUCGGGCUAGCGCUAUACAUCAUAUUUUUCUCUCCGGGAAUGGGUACCGUUCCAUGGAUUGUUAACUCGGAGAUAUAUCCUUUAAGAUUCAGAGGAAUUUGUGGAGGAAUAGCAGCUACAGCAAACUGGAUUUCAAAUCUCAUUGUAGCACAAUCUUUCUUGUCACUGACACAUGCUAUUGGAACAUCAUGGACAUUUCUUGUAUUUGGAGUUCUCUCUGUUGUAGCCCUAUUUUUUGUCCUGAUUUGUGUUCCAGAAACUAAGGGACUUCCAAUUGAGGAAAUUGAGAAGAUUUUGGAGAGAAGAAGUCUACAUUUGAUGUUUUGGAAGAAAAGGGCUAAUGAGAAUAAUAGUGGAGAAGUUGAUGGAAAGAAAGAAGUGGGAGGAGAUGUAUGAAGAAAUGAAAAAACAUAGAUAGCUUUGAUUUGAAUUGGAAAUCCUUUAAUUAGUUUAUUCUAGUGUUUGAUAAGAUUUCCAAAUAUUUAAGAUAAAUAAUUAUUAAUAUAUAAUAUAGAUGAUUAGAUGAAGUUGGAUUAUUUAUAAGAACUUUCCCCAAGAAAACUUAUUAGGCU